AUGGCCAUUUCGCACGCGUCAUCAAAGACGUCUGGUCCCCUCAAUUUGCCGGUUAGCAUGGGUCAUGUUGUUACGAACCCCUGGAGAGAGACUUACAAUCUUGCAGUUGUGUUCCAUCCCAAAGCUCCUCAGAUACCGCCAUCAACCCAAUUAUCCAAGGACCUGGCAGAAUCCGGGGUCAAAAUAAAGCUCAAGAAGACUGUAGUACGACGCCAGAACAGAGGAAAAAUUGACUGGACCGCUCCAAAACCUACCACACACAUUGGGCCAAUGCCUGACAGCGUUGUUGGCACGCAGCAUUUGGGCUAUGCCAACUACUGCAAAAACGGGCCCCAAGAUGUCGCUGUCAUUCAAGGCGCCGACAUCAGUGGACGUGUGACGAUGCACCAACGACAGACGCAGUUAGCAACGGAAUUUAAAUCGGAACAGUCAACGUGGCAGCCCACGGAGCGGUGGAUGGCGCCACCAUCGGAACAAUGGGCAGCAUCCUCAACAGAGCAGUGGCCAGCGCCACCAAAACAGCAUUGGACGUCGCCACCAACGGAGCAGCCGAUAUGGGCCCAUCAGCAUCAGCAUCAGCAUCAGCAUAAAUCCCAUUCUCUAUUCGCAACAUCCGACGCCCCAGCAGCUCCUGUUACGCUUCCUACAUGUCAAGGCUCCCUGGACGCAUUGCUAUCAGCACCGCUUCCUGAGGCGGCCUCAGGCAUGCCACAAGCGUGGCAGACUCGUAUGCAGUGCACUUGGCCAACAACGUAUGCGGCGGCCACGUCUGGCUUCGAAGCAACCGCCAACGACCAGCAGGCGAUGGCGCCAAUUGAUGCAAUCGGGAACCAGGUGCCAUCUUAUGUGCCUGUAUUCUUCGCCGAGGAGGAGCAAGAGGACGUCCAGUACUUCGGAGGUGGCAUGGACAACUGGGGUCCAUGA